AGUCGGAUCCAGUGGUUAUGGUGAGAUUUAUUGCACUUCUCCCUAUAUGAUGAUAAUACAUGAGGCUCAAGAACUUCACUUAGAGGGAUUAGAUAAUUCAAUUUGGUUCAAAACCGGAGAUAUGGGUUUUUACGAUGAAGAUGGCGAAAUAUUUGUCGUCGAGCGAAUAAACCAACUUUGUGAAAUCAAAAAACAGCUAUUUUCACCAACAUUAAUCGAAAAUACGUUACACGAUCAUAUGGCGGUGUUCGAAGCCGUUGCAAUCUAUAUAUCGAGUCAUAAUGAUACAUAUGCAAUAGCGUUUAUUACAAAGAUGCUUGGAGUAGAGGUGACAGAAAUGGAAUUGAAACAACAUGUGAUACAAAAUUGUGAUUGCUACAAUGAGCUUCGGCAUGUGAUAUUCCUUCCGCAUUUGCCGCGCUUUUCUAACGGAAGAAUCAAUCGCAAGUUACUUUAUAACAUGGCGCGUUCUAAUAUAUUCUGGUAAAGAUCGAUAAUUUUUGAUUAAUUUGUCAGCAGAGCAUUAUAACCUGCGUAUUAAAAUUUGUGGUAGCAAAAAAAAAUAGUCGGAAACACAGAUACAAAAUUAUGAAAUAAACAUGUUCAAAUCUCAUGUUUUGAAUAUGUGAGCCAAGAUGUAAUACCAAAUUAUACGAUAAUGUAAUAUUUUAGUAUUUUUAAUAAAAAAUGUGAUGCAUAUGUAUUAAAUUUUAUAAUUAGAGUAAAAUAUUUUUUAUCGGAAGUGAAAAAUGUAAUGUUUCAUAUAAUGUUGUAUGAUUAAACCGAAGCAAAUUUGACUGCAGUUUUGAAGUGAUUUCGAAUAAGAAAAUUAUACAUGACACAGAAUAUUGAUAAAUUUUAUAUUAUAUUCCAAUAUCAACAAUUAUGCAUCCUUAUAUAUGUAGUUGUAAUAUACCAUAAAUUUUGUUUACUAGAACUUUAUGAUUUCUUAAAUAUAUUUCUUUAGUCAAUCUGUAAAAAUAUUAUGUUAAAAUCAGCAGAAAAUAUCAAUAGCUUAAACACUUUUUAAAAAUUCUAAAAAAAGGAUUGUUCUUGGUCUCAGAAAUCUUUGUAAAUAUUCAAAGUACAAUAUGUCAAGAGAUUAUCUUCAAUCGUAUAAAUGACUGUUUUGACACGCUUAUAAUGACCCAGUUUCAAAAUUAUUAGCUACAAGAUUUGAUGCAAAAAUCCCCUCCUCCUUCUUUUUGGCAAAAAAAAAUUCUAUGACGUUUGAUAUAUUAUAGCAUUACAUUUAUGUUAAUUAUAUAUCAUAUAUAUUGCGACUUUUUUUUUAUUUUCACAAGGCUGUCCCGAAUCUAAAUAACGCGCGUCUCAGAGCAAAAUAAUUUCGCUUUUUUUCUAAUUCUGAGGUCACAAAAUAACAAUAAACAGAUGUUAAAUCAACGGAAUUCAAAGCUUAAUCACGCAAUAUGUCAUUUGUAACACAGAUAAUAUUACUGCCUUUGAUACCAAUAAUUUCUCAAUUUCAAUAUUUUAAUGCAAUAACAUAUAAAAACAUAAAAAAGGGUAUCGCAUCAUUAGCGUAAUAGUGUGUGUGAUAAACAAUAAUAAAAAUUACUUUAUGAAAUUUACAACAUAAUAAAUACAUAUAAUUAAUAAAAUAUAUCGUGUAUAAUUUUAUUGUUAGGAGACUUUUCAGACAGAUGUUCCAUUCAAAACAAGAACAAUUUUAAUAGAAAAAGAAACUAUAAAAUCAUUUGACAGAAAGUGUUUCAAAUGAUUUCUAUACCCUACAAGUACCGGAAAUUUGUUCUUGGAAAAAUUUAACCGUUGGCCACAUUUAAUUGGUCAGGUACAACAUAUUAAUAACAAAUAUCUUA